AUGCGCCGCCUGAGCGGCUACGACGGCGAGGAGAGGGAUCGCCUAGUGCGUGAACACCGCGAGUACAUCGCGGGAACACGAGACCGAGAUGCAGACUUCGGGAACGGCGACGGAGCCACGUUACCAGCACCGCCGCCGCCUCCUACAACCGGUAGACGCCCACGCAUGACUGUCUUAAUCAAGCCAAAGGUUCCGCUCAAGAAGCAGAAGAAAGAGCGUCGGAUUCCUCGCAGCCAAGGUCAGAAAGAAUCGGUCCCCUGCCCGUCCAGCAUGAAGGCAUAUCAUCGCUGGAUGGGUGGGGUGGACGUGCACGACCAGCUGCGGCUGCAUCGCUACUCGCUGCAGCUCUCCUUGCGCUUCCGCAAAAUUUGCCCUGCUGCUGGAGCAGGAUUUCUUUUCGCAAUCCUCUUCGUGCGCGUUGGCGUGUCACCUGUGACUCCAAGUGGAGGUGACGCCACAAGCUCCGAAGGUUACAGCUUGGCCAUGGACGAGGACUAUUGCAAGCUGUACUUGUGUGAUAAAGCGCGCCAGGGUAAUUACCCGGCCAACACGCGGACAUGCUACGCGAUCUGGCACGACCUCUGGAGGAAUGGUCGCGAUCGCCCUAAGCCUCGCUGCGGUCGCGGCAUUCAAAUGAGGCCACCGGGGAAGAAGGCAGGUAACGCUGGUGAGGCUUCGACUGAAGGUGGUGCUGCGAGUGAAGGGCAGUUCUUCACGCUCGCCCUGGAAGCACAGUGCCUGAACCUUAUCCACGCACCACUAAUGCUGCCACGGACGCCAUGGCGCUUCACGAUAUCACCAAUACUAAGCGACACGUACACUGCGACAGCCCAGCUCAGCUCUGACGCGCCUUCCUCGGACGUUUGGUCCCAUGUGCGCGACCGCCGCGUGCACCGAGGUGACGACCCACGUCCGUCGUCUCGCCCGAGUGAUAUUCCAGCCAUCGUAUGCGCCAUUAUCCCUCAUGAUAUGGAAGGAGUGGAGCCGAGCUUGCGCUUCUUUGGUGGGGGCAAGUUCUCCGGUGGAACCACAGACACGUGUGCGGCGGGUCGGAAAUACACCUGCGCCAAUCCUAAGGGAACCAACGAUCUCCACGCCCAUCGACGUCACGCGCAACGCCGGCACGGGUUCACGACGCAGGUAUCCAGCGCGCAGACUUUGGGAUUCCAUCCGCAACUCGUCCCUCUUCUCUGCAUUCCGCAAAGUCAACGUGCAAUCUCCCACCGACACUCGGCCAUCCCCGUGCCCAGACGCGACGAUCUUGAGAAACCCAUGCGACACGCAAUGUUUGAGCUCAUCCGAGGCACACGAAUGCCUCUCAAACCGUUCACCGAACCAGUUCGUUGCCAGUCACGCACAGCCUUUCAGCCCAAUAACGCCCUACAGCCUGACACUCUGCUGGCGCAUUGCCAAGGAUACGAUCAUGUCGACGAUUUGCUGCGUAUCGCUUCCGAGGGUUCCCGCCCAAUAUCGUCAAGUAAAUGGCCGUCGACGUCGCGUCCGCCAAUCAUAACGCGUGCGCCAACAGCGAGUGCGUUUUCAUGUUUUGGGGUCACCACCAAAGCCAAGACGGUCGUCAUUGACCUCUCAGUCGCGUUUGUGUGGACCGGCAUCUUCGGAAAGUACAUCAUCUUGGGAGUGGCUACUGACGACAAGUUCACACGUUGGAGAUCCACGCUCAAGGCGGUGGGCCUCGUCUUCAGCAAAAAUGCCGCGUCGCACAUUCCCGUGUACGAGGACACCAUAGCCGAUGCAGGAUCACGUCGGUGGCAAGUGUACAUAUUCUCUGAUUUCAUCAUCGAUGCUCGCGAACACGGCCUCGGAUCGAGCCGAUCAGCUCAAAGUUCUACAACUAUGUACGCUCUUCUAUACAUUCGCUAUUUUUGCAACGCCGCUGGUCACGACUGCCACGUAGGCCAUCCAAAGGUCCGCGCGCUCCUGCGUGGGGUACGCAAGAUACAACACCCACUCGCAAAAAAAAACGUGUCGGUCGCGGUACAGCCACGUGGUCCACUACUAGCCGGACAAGAACAAAACCCUCACCGACGCACUGUCUUGGCGUCUCGACUACACCCAACGCGGGUCGCUGGGUCCACAAAGCUUCGUUCGAUGUAG